AUGGAAGAGUCGGAUGGGUGGCAUCCCGGCGAGAUGGCUGUGCAUAAGCUUCUUAAUAAAGGAGUUCGCAUACCAAACCCAACAGCUGCCGGUCUUCCUCCAUCAUAUGUCCAUCGCAUUGCUGUCUCUCCGCUGAUCGCAAUCGGUUCUGUUGACCGCGAGGGCCGACCAUGGACGACUAUAUGGGGUGGAGAACGGCACUUUGCAGGACAGAUAGGUCCCAACUUACUGGGAGUGCAAAUCCUGGCUGAUCUAGACUAUGACCCUGUCAUCGACGCGCUCUUUGGCGGCGAUGGUACCACCCCCCAAAAAGGUGACGGAGAGUUGCUGCAUCCCGCCACUGAAGCUGUCAUUAUGGCCGGCCUCAGCAUCGAUUUAGAGACGCGAGACAGGGUCAAACUGGCCGGAAAUAUGGCUGCCGACACGGCGCCCUUGCCUGAUUCAGCCCUGGACCUCAUCAGACGUGCCGACCUCUUCUUUCUCUCAUCGACAAACGGCAAGACCAUGGAUACAAAUCACCGAGGUGGCCGGCCAGGAUUGAUGCGUGUUGUCUCCAACGGUGCUGUCGGUAGUGAUGACAGCGCAGCAAGGACAACUCUGAUCUACCCUGAAUAUUCCGGAAAUCAGCUCUACCAAACGUUGGGAAAUCUCUAUAUGCGAUCACUGGUUGGCGUGGUAGUUCCAGACUUUGAGACAGGCUCUGUGCUAUACCUAACGGGACGAGCUACAAUCCUCAUCGGUGCUGACGCUGCCGAGUAUUUGCCGCACACAAAGCUGGCUGUCCGCAUCGCUGUGGACCGGGCCAUCCUCGUGGCCGAUAGCUUGACGUUUCGUGGCUCGAUCCUUGACUAUUCGCCGUACAAUCCGCCUCUACGACGAUUGGUCAGCGAGAUCAUUGCUGUCAGUGGUGAUCCAGAUGUUGCAACUGCAUCUGAGAAACAAGAUAUAGUUGCGACGGCUGUGCUAACGGGACGCCAAACACUGACACCAUCUAUCUCACGCUUUUCGUUCACUUUGAAACUACAGGGCGGCGCAGAAUCGGGUGCCGACAAAAAUGUUCAGCUAUGGAGGGCCGGGCAAUAUGCUAGACUUGACUUCAGCCUCGAACUGGACGUGGGCUGGUCGCAUAUGCGGGACGAGGAUCCGCAGUCUCUAAAUGAUGACUUCAUCCGAACGUUUACCAUAUCUAGUCCACCGCCCCUCGCGUCUGACGGCAGAGUUGAUGCUAUUAUGCUAGAGAUGACUCUUCGGCGCCAUGGUCCGGCCACAAACCUCUUAUGGCGCCACGACAUACGGGUUCCCCUGGAGAUACCUGUGCUUGGAUACGGCGGCGACAGAAGGUUUAGCAUCGCGUGUGAGGGUUGUUGUGACGAAAGCAGAAGCAACAGUACCAACAGUAGCAGUGGAGGCAUUCGGGUGUCCCCUGUGUUUGUUGCUGCUGGGGUUGGUAUCACGCCAUUGCUGGCCCAAGCGCCGGGUAUCUUGUCCAGUCUCAAUCAACGGAAUGCUCAGCGAGCAAAUUUGACGGUACUGUGGAGCCUCAGGAUCGAGGACUUGUUCUUUGCUGCAGAUAGUUUCAGUCGUAUAGGUGGACUUGCACGGCACACAACACUAUUUGUUACAAGUGAAGCCAAUAGUGCGGAUGCAUCUGUCCAGGAAAAUCACCAAGAGGUCAUAGAAAGCCUGAGGGGAAAUGGUGCUACCGUAGUCGAGGGUCGACGGAUCCAAAAGCUGGAUAUUCUGAAUGCUGGAAAGGACAACGGAGAGGCAAGGCGGAAGUUUCAUAUUUGCACGGGCCCAGAGCUGCUCAAAGAUCUACAGAUGUGGCUUGUAGACGAUGAAAUGGUCUGGGAAAACUUUUCCUUUUGA